UUUGAAUAGCCGGGAGGCGGAUGUCGAAGGGAACUGUCUCUGUAAAUUCUCCUGAGCCUGAGAAAUACUCAGGCAUUUGUAUAAGCUGAGGAAUCAAGAUAAUCUACAAUGGCUGUCACUGAGGAAGAUUUGUGUCACCACAUGAAAGUAGUUGUCCGUGUCCGUCCUGAAAACACAAAAGAAAAGGCAGCUGGAUUCCGUAAAGUGGUCCAUGUUGUGGAUAAGCAUAUCUUAGUUUUUGAUCCCAAACAAGAAGAAAUCAGUUUUUUCCAUGGAAAGAAAACUAUAAACCGAGAUAUUACAAAGAGACAAAAUAAGGAUCUUAAGUUUGUGUUUGAUGCUGUUUUUGAUGACACUUCAACUCAGUUGGAAGUUUUUGAACACACUACUAAGCCAAUUCUUCGUAGUUUUUUGAAUGGAUAUAAUUGCACAGUACUUGCAUAUGGUGCCACUGGAGCUGGGAAGACCCACACAAUGCUAGGAUCAGCAGCUGAACCUGGAGUGAUGUACCUAACAAUGCUGGACCUUUACAAAUGCAUGGAUGAGAUUAAAGAAGAAAAAGUAUGUAGUACUGCAGUUUCUUACCUGGAGGUAUAUAAUGAACAGAUUCGUGACCUUUUAGUAAAUUCAGGACCACUUGCUGUCCGGGAAGAUGCCCAAAAGGGAGUGAUUGUUCAAGGCUUGACUUUACACCAGCCCAAAUCCUCAGAAGAAAUUUUACAGUUAUUAGAUAAUGGAAACAAAAACAGGACACAACAUCCCACUGACAUAAAUGCUACAUCUUCUCGUUCUCAUGCUGUUUUCCAGAUUUACUUGCGGCAGCAAGACAAAACAGCAAGUAUAAAUCAGAAUGUCCGUAUUGCCAAGAUGUCCCUCAUAGACUUGGCAGGGUCUGAGAGAGCCAGUGCUACCAGUGCUAAAGGGACCCGGUUUAUAGAAGGCACAAACAUUAAUCGGUCACUGUUAGCUCUUGGGAACGUCAUCAAUGCUCUAGCAGAUACGAAGAGGAAGAAUCAGCAUAUUCCUUACAGAAAUAGUAAGCUCACUCGCUUGUUAAAGGAUUCUCUUGGAGGAAACUGUCAAACUAUAAUGAUAGCUGCUGUUAGUCCUUCCUCUGUAUUCUAUGAUGACACAUAUAAUACUCUUAAGUAUGCUAACCGUGCAAAGGACAUUAAAUCUUCUUUGAAGAGCAAUGUUCUUAAUCUCAACAAUCAUAUAACUCAGUAUGUAAAGAUCUGUAAAGAGCAGAAAGAAGAGAUUUUAAUGUUGAAAGAAAAACUGAAAAUAUAUGAACAGAAAGACUUUACUGAUGAAAAUAACAAAGCAAAGCCAUUGAUUUCAAAUCCUCAAGAAAAAGAAAUUGAAAGAUUUCAAGAAAUUCUGAAAUGCUUGUUCCAGAAUCGAGAAGAAAUCAGGCAAGAAUAUCUGAAGCUGGAAAUGUUACUUAAAGAAAAUGAACUUAAAUCAUUCUACCAACAACAGUGUUAUAAACAAAUAAAAAUGAUGUGUUCUGAAGACAAAGUAGAAAAGGCCACUUGCAAACGUGAUAAUAGACUUGCCAUGUUAAAAACUCGCCGAUGCUAUCUAGAGAAGAAAAGGGAAGAGGAAUUGAAGCAAUUUGAUGAGAAUACUAAUUGGUUGCAUCGUGUGGAAAAUGAAAUGGGACUCUUAACUCAAAAUGGUCAUAUUCCAAAGGAACUCAGUAAAGAUCUUCACUGUCACCAUUUGCACCUCCAGAACAAAGACCUGAAAGCUCAAAUUAAACAUAUGAUAGAUCUAGUUUGUCUUCAGGAACAGCAACACAGGCAGACAGAGGCAGUAUUGAAUGCUUUGCUUCCAGCCCUAAGAAAACAAUAUUGCACAGUAAAAGAAGCUGGCCUGUUAAAUGCUGCCUUUGAAUCUGACUUCAAAGAAAUUGAACAUUUGGUAGAGAGGAAAAAAGUGGUAGUUUGGGCUGACCAAACCACUGAACAUUCCAAGCAAAACAAUUUACCAGACAUUUCUAUUCUUAUGACUUUUCCCCAGCUUGUACCACUUCAGUCUACACCUUGCACUUCUUCAAGUGAGUCUAAUCUACCUAAAAUUCCUCCACAAAAAAGAACUAGAAGAAAAUUAAUGCCUUCUCCCCUACAAGGAAAACAUACCCAGAUGUCUUCAUAUUCUGAAAGUACACAGCUCAAUGAUUCUCUCAGCAAAGAACUUCAACCUAUUGUGUAUACUCCAGAAGACUGCAGAAAAACUUUUCAAAAUCCAUCUGCAGUGACCUUAUUAAAACCAUCAUCAGAUACUACAAAUUCUCAGGCUGUCAACUCACAUAUGAACUGUGAUAAUUCUCUGAAAAUAUUUUGUGAAGUAGAUAACCAUGUUAAUAGGAGAAAACAAUGUGGACAGGAGGAUUUGGACUCUACAUUUACCAUAUGUGAAGAUAACAGGAACUUGUUGAAUAAAUUACAUGAACAAGAAUCUCAACCCAACAAUAACUCUUUACAAAGGCUUGCCCCUUCUUCAUUUUCAACUAAACAUUCUCUGACUGUGCCAAACAUUGUACCAUCCUAUAUGGCAAUGACUGCUGCUGCCAAGAGGAAACGGAAAUUAACAAGUUCUGCAUCAAAUACUUCAUUACCUGGUGAGGUAAAUUCUGGAUUUGCCAAGCGUGUUCGACAAGAUAAUCCCAGUGAUAAGCACUUACAAGAAAACAAACCAAUAAUGGAAUAUAAGCGAAACAUCCAUAAAGUAAAGCAAAGCAUGACUAGGCAAUUUGGAAGAAGUAUUUCAAAAGAAAAUCUAAGAUAAGCCACUUCAAAACCAAGAAAAAUGAAACCGACAAGUUUGCUUUUAAAAGGAUUUAUUGCCAGUGUCUCUUAAGAAACGUAUUUAAAUCUUGGGAGGAAGACCAUCUGGGUUUCCCCAAAUAUCAUCAGCAAACAGGAAAUGAAAUUCUUUCUGUUUUGUUCUUUUGUGUCUGAGCAAUGUAAAGUUGCAACAAAAAGGUGUAAUAUAUUAAGUUUCUAGAAUAUUUACUGUCUUUUGAGACCUCUAAGUCAGCAGAUGGUGGUUUAGUUUAUGCUACAACAAGUUCAUUAGGACAGUUUAGACAA